AAUUCCGUCUCUCAGUCAGUGAAUCAAUAUUGUUCAGUUAGCAAGUACAAUGACAUCUCUAACCAUUUCCGAAGUCAAUUCAUUAGACGAUAAUCAGUUCGAGACGGUUUUUGGAAACGUAAUAGAACAUUGCAAAAGCGCCCCGAUGAUGAUAAAAAAGUUACGGCCGUUUAAAAACGUCAAUGAACUUUGUGAUGCGUUUCAAAAGUACUUAGACGAUAUCAAUGAAGAAGAAAAAUUGGCAGUAUUGAAAUCACAUCCCGAUCUCGCAGGCAGAUUGGCACAGCAAGGGGAUCUAACCCCAGAAUCAACGGAAGAGCAACGAAGCGCUGGAUUGAAUGAUCUAACUGAGGAACAAAAGCGAAUAAUGGACGAUAGAAACAAACGGUACAAAUUAAAAUUCGGAUUUCCAUUCAUAAUUUGUGCAAGAGAAAAUAAAGUGCAAUCCAUAUUGUCUGGCUUACAACAUCGUUACAACAAUAAUUAUGACCAGGAAGUGGAAACUGGCAUUAACGAAGUAAAGAAAAUAUGCAAAUUGAGAAUUCUCAAUAUUGUAACUAAAUAAUGUUUUAUUUAAAUGUACAAUACAUCUGACAUUU